CCAACAUCUGUCAAUUUUGACACUGUGUAAUGGGCAAAAACAAAAUGUUUUGGGAAAGAGAUGUACGCAAAAUUUAGAAUGUCAAACUACGCACUUGAACGUCAUACGUAGAAGACUUCUCUUCUACGUCAACUUUUAACAAGGAGACCAAUCACGACAGCAAUAACAACAACACCGACGUGCUGGCGGAGGAGGAAAAAAAAAACAAAUAAGUGAUAAACAAUUCUUACUCACCCAAGAAAAACUUAAGCUUAUUGAAAGCAAACAAAAAGUUGUUCUUUUCACAUUUGUGUCAUAAAUUCGCGUAUUGUAAUACUUAAAACGCUUGGUUUCAUUGCUAUGGGGCUGGCUAUUACGGGAGCACAGCCCAGCAGCAGACCACCAUAUUAACAUUGUCAUCGUCGUCAAUUAUUUGCUGUUUUCUUUCUUCUUUCGCUAAAAACGUUAAACUUCCAACCAACCAACCAGCCAGUCAGUCAUUCAGCCAGCCAAUCACCACCCUCCAAACAAAUUGGAAUACUUUCCUUUUAAACGCUUAACUACAUCUACAGUAUGGGCCUUAAAAAAAGCAAACCAAUGACGACGAUUCGUAAAAAGUUGGUUAUUGUUGGCGAUGGUGCCUGCGGUAAAACUUGUCUGCUGAUUGUCUUUAGCAAAGAUCAGUUCCCUGAAGUGUAUGUGCCCACUGUUUUUGAAAAUUAUGUGGCCGACAUUGAAGUCGAUGGUAAACAGGUUGAAUUGGCCUUAUGGGAUACAGCUGGUCAAGAAGAUUAUGACAGACUUCGUCCACUCAGUUAUCCCGACACAGAUGUUAUAUUAAUGUGUUUCUCAGUGGAUUCACCCGAUUCGCUAGAGAAUAUUCCUGAAAAAUGGACCCCAGAGGUCAAGCAUUUUUGUCCAAAUGUUCCCAUUAUUUUGGUGGGUAACAAAAAAGAUUUGAGAAACGAUCCCAAUACAAUUCGGGAUCUUGCAAAAAUGAAGCAGGAACCUGUUAAGCCACAAGAAGGUCGUGCUAUGGCUGAAAAAAUUAAUGCCUUUGCUUAUUUAGAAUGUUCGGCCAAGUCCAAGGAGGGUGUUAGAGAAGUGUUUGAAACCGCCACUAAAGCUGCAUUGCAAGUCAAAAAGAGGAAGAGGACCAAAUGUAAUUUGCUCUAAAAGAGUUCUACUUCAUUUAAAACAACAACAACUACAGCAACAACAACAACCAUACUUUUUUAAUAAAAACACAAUCAACAACAAACAAGAACAUACAAUUUUACUUCUACAACAACAACAAACAAUAAAAAUACACACAAACACCUACAAGAAAAGAAACAAAAACAGCACAUUUUUACUUCAAAAACAAUAAAGAGACAAAAAAACAUCCUCCUGGAAUGGAAAUUAUUGAAGAAAAAAGUAAACUUGAUUGAAUGCAAAACAAAAAACACAAAAAUCACAAGGUUUUUAUACGUUCCACCUCCACUCCUCCUCCUCCUCCAACAAAAACACAAUCUCACUCACAGCAGCAAGAAGAAGAAAAAUCGCAAUUCGCUAAAAAGGAGAAGUAAAACAAAACUUUUUUCAGUCAAAAAAGAAAUGGAAAUCACACUCACACCCGAUUUAACACAGCAAGAACAACAACUAUUAAAGAAAAGAGGAAGAAGAAGAAACAAAAAAGUGUUAAUUUUUUUGUUUUUCUUUUUUUUUACGUUAAUGUUUUCGUAAAUAAUUUAUAUAUGUAAUUUUUUGAAAUUUACAUUUUAUAUAUAUACAUAAUAAUAUCUAGUUUAUGUGGUUUAUUAAUAAUUUUUUUGCUUUUAUUUAAAAAAACACACACACACAAACAAAACAAAUUAAAUAUUUUAAAGAUUUUUUUUAAAUUAUAUUUAAGUUGAUAAAGAAAGAAAGAUAAAUUAAUUAAUAUUGGGGGUUCUUGUUUAAUCGAAAAAGCAUGAUCAUAUUUUUUACAAUAACAAUUAGAAUACAGUUUUUUUUUUUUAAUUACAAAAUGAAGCGGAACAAAAAAGAAUUAAGUUUUGAAGCCAGCAAACAAUAUGAAGUGAGAGAAAAUGAAUAUGAAGCAGUCUUAUCUGUUCCCAGACCUCAAAUCAAUGGGGAGAAUUUUCGAUCUCUUUCCUUGUCGUACUACUGUUUUCCUCUGUAUUUAUAAUAGCUCCAAUGAAUGAAAAGGAAAACUUGGAAUAUAUCCUGAGAAAUACAUGAAAUUCUUUGUGUAGCCGAAGAAAAAAUUCCAUAAACCACCAUAUAAUUCACUAUGUGACAUAGACAAGUUGACUUCCUAGAGAACAAUUUGUUAUUAGGAAAUCUAUGCAAAAACUAUGCCAUUGACUUAUGUCAAAGGCUAUUUUAUAUUCAGAAUAGAUUUUCUAUAAAGAAUAUAAGAAUUCCAGUAUUGAUCUAAUGAAGAGAACAGUUGGAAUAAUUCGUUCAGCACUAAACAAAUGUUCGACUGGAUAUUUACAAAAUGGUCACUAUCAAUGACUUGAGUCAAAUUAAGUUAAUACAGAUCUUGAAUUUCUACAGUAAUUCGAACACUGACGUAUAUAAUUCACAUUGUAGAAGAAUCGAUAUAGUUUGUAUUCCAUCAAUUUGAAUUUAUGAACGUAAUUCUGUUGACAAUUACAAAAUAUUAAAAUUUUAAUACUGCCCCCUCUAUACAAAGAAAGAUCCAUGGAGUGGCUUUUUUCCCUUGAGUACUUUCUGAAAAACCAACUUUCCCAUCUGAAAUUCCAUGAUUUAUUCAAUACCUUUGGCGAUGUAGACAUUCUUGCAUUUAUUCUUAUCAUUAUUUUUUGUUAUAUGUCCAGAUUUUAAUUAUUUAUGCAUAAAAGUAAAACCUUUGCGCACAUAUCAGGAAGAGGGGGUCGAACAUUCUUUCGUUACCUACCCUACCUAUCCUUGGGAAAAUUUAAACCAAAUUAAAAUUUUUGAGGGAGUACCGAGACAAGUGGAAAACAUAAAUUGUGCCAAAUCCUUAGUUGUGAGAACCCCAAAUUAUUUCAAUUAAGAAGUGUGUAUACUUUGAAUUAUUGGAAUAUAAAAGGGAAUUCCAAUCAUAUGAAGGACCUUAGGUAUGCGAUCCCCAAAUUGUUUCAAUUAAGAAAUGGAUAUUCUUUGAGUUAUUGAAUUUUUCGAAGUGAAGUUGUCUUUUCCUUUAACGAAGUAAUAGACAACUCUCUGGGUUUUAAGUUAUCAAAUCCGACUUCCAGUUGAAAUGGUGGGAAUUUGCAUUUAUGAGGCCUUGGAAACAUGGAUUGUUACGAAUUUGGAUUUCGGUUUAUGGAAAUAUUGGAUUUUUCUAUAUACCUUAAAUAUAUAAUAAGAUAAUUUAAACCUGAAAAAUAGUCUUAGCAAACAGAAUUAGUUUCCAGUCCCAACUGAAAUCCAUGAUCUAUUUAUUCCUUUUUCACCAAUAUUUCUCUGGACUUGUAACUUUGCUUCGUAUUGCUGUUCAAUAACAUCUCAACAAGAACUUCGAAACUUUUUUUUUUCAAAACUUGGACAUAAUAGGUGCGUCUGGUUAUUUAUUCCAGCAGGAAUUGUCCAGCAACUUCUUUCUGAGGGAGUAAGGUAGUUUUAUUCUCUUUAGCAAGAAAAAGACGAAAAGUAAACAGACGGUAUUCCUGCAGAAGCUAGCAACUAAUCAGCUGAUUUGUCAAGACAUCACCAAUUUGGUCCCCAUUAAAAGAAUAAAAAGAAAUAAACAAGUUUUAUAAAUAAAAAGGAAAUUAGCAAUUAAAUAAAAAUAUGAGCAAUAAAAAAAUAGAUUUUAUGUGUUCCCCGGAAUCCUUUAAACGUGUUGCUAAGGGUUUUUGCCUAAAAACGUUGGAAAUAGUCUUUUAUUUUCUUCUUGCAUAUUAAUAUUUAUGUUUUUUCACAUUUUGUAAAGUUGUUCCCCAAAAACUGCUGAUUCCAAAUAAAAUAUUCAAAUUGAAAGCGCAAAAAGGAAAUAAACAAACAGUAAAAACAUCUGAGUGAAUGUCGUUGAAUGAGAAGAAGAAGAAGAGUUGCAAGUGAUUGCAAGAAGACAUUUGUCUAGCAAGAAUUUGCAAACUCUCACUGAAAGAACUGUCAAAAUGUAUCUCUCUAACCGCUCUCUUAUGCAGAACUUUCGGGUUAACAGACAAACAAAUUGUAACAAUUGUUAUACAUUUUAGGGUAACCAGACACACCUAAUGUAGUUCCACAAAAACAAAGGCAAAAAAGUCUCACUAAAUAAGGAAAUAAAUAACAGACAGACUCACACAAACACACAAAGUAACUAUUAUCGCGAAAAAAGAAAAUAUUCAAAAUAUUUUUUUUUCAAAUGUGUGUGGCACUAUUUUCUCCUAUAAAAUAAACACAUGAAGAAGAUGAACAAGUAACGUAUACAAAAAAAAAAAAAAGAAAACUGAUAUUUUAUUACAAACAAAGAAGAAAACUCUAUCAAACAAAACAAAAAGAAACCGCCAAUUUAAAAUGUAUAAAAAUGAACUUAACAAUUACCACAAACUAAAUGCAUUCAUAUAUAUAUUUUUUCUUAAAAAAUAAUACAAUACCAAAACAACAAAAUAAUACAAAAACAACAACUCGUAAAACCAAAAAAUGAAAAUCACUUAAACACAACUUUUUUCUUAAACCAGAAAUCCUUUGUAAAAAACACAAACAAACAAGCGAAAAACAAAUAUUAAGAGAAAUCCCCAUCUUCAUUCAAAAACACCUCAAAAUUUAUAUAAAAAUAAAUAUAAUACAUAAUAAUUAUAAUUAAAAAAAAAAAAAACAAAUCAACAACAACAAAAAAACCUAUUUUAUAUAUAACAAAAGAAAAAAACAAACAAACAAAUGGAAAUUAUAUCGCUUUUUUAUAAAAAAAAAAAAACAACAAAGAAGAAAACAAAAAAAUCAAAUACAAACAAUGUCUCGUUUUUUAUUACAAAACUAAUGUAGGCGUGUGUAUGUGAGAGAUGGCACCAACUGAGUAAUAAUUUCGAAUUGGAGCAGUAAUUUUUUAAAAUAAAUGUUAACAUUGGUUGCCAAUAUCCAAUAUUUUAAUGGCACUUUUCAAAAAAAGAAAAAAUAAUGAAAAGAAAAAGGUUCAACAAUUUUCCAUUAAAAAAUAUUUUUUUAGUAAGCGAACCAUUUCCAUCCCAUAUUGAUGUAAUAUAAAGCAUAUACAUUCUUUGAUAAACUAACUACGACAGAUUUUGCCAUAAAUCCCGGAUUUGAUAAAUGGGAAUUAGCUUUGUUGUGAGAAUCCGAAACACUUUCUCAGUCCCUCUGUGCAACUUUAACAUACACACGCCCGAAAGAAGACACAAACUACUAAUACUACUACAACAACCAUCUACAUCUUUUUUGACAUGUCCCUACUCUUCCUUUUUUUCUGUUGUUUUUGUGUGCUGUUCCCCAAUUUUGGACGAAAACCGAUAACAAAAAGCCUACAAUACAAUAAAAAGUAUAAAAAAUGCUAUAUACAUAUAUAUAUUUUUUAAA